GGAGUGCUCGUACAUAUGCCGCACGUUUGUUCCAAUAACGAUAAUGGGCAUUCAGUUGAUAGUAUUGAAUUGAGAAAAGUUCACGCCACAGACGAGAUUAUGACCGCCACAGUGGAGACGGUUUCCGAGCAAUUGGAUUUAGCUUCCAUUUUGCCUGCGGAUAGAGCUAUAGCACGUUCUAUAACGCUCUCCGAUGCAGAUGUAGGUAGCGCCAAUGUAAGUGUAACCAAGGCAUCGGUUAUUGGAGAGAAUGGCGGUGCAAAUGGCAGUACUGGCGGUGGAGUUGGUGAAAAUGGCAGCGUAUCGGAUGAUGAGGACGAUGAAGAAGAUGGCGAAGAUUUUUGGCAUACAUCGGUUGGUAAAUUUAAAUUUACCUUAGAUCAAUUGCCACAACCUCUACAGUACAUACAUCAACUUUUGACGGAAAUUCCUACUAUAAAGAAACCGGAAAUUCUCUAUUAUAUACUACAAUGUCUCAAUGUAAUGACACUACAUGGCGAUGCUUUGGCUAAAGCAGCACGCGAGCAUCGUGGCUUUUUCAUAUGGUGCCAAGAAAAUUUAUUAAUUAAAAACCUCUGGGAACUUUGCAACGCCGAGCAUUCGCACAUUUGUCAGGCUGGCGUACCACUACUACUCCAUUGCAUAACCCUACCACUGGGCUCGGAUGUAUUUUGGCGUGUCGUGCAGGAGGCCUUUCACGACACCGACUGGCGUGUACGAUUCACAGCAGUGGAGCGAGUUACCGUAAUUACACGUUUCAUGGACUCGACCCCAUUGCGCACCGAAGUCGGACUGCAGACAGCGCUCGCUACGGCAUUCUGUCAUCUGAUCGCCAGCAUGGACGACAUCAACGUGUAUGUAGCGCAGCGGGCGACGCUCUAUAUUGGAACCAUACAUGACAUGGCAAUUCGGUCACUGCUCUUCUGCUUGGAAUCGCAAUUCGAUUUGUUCAUCGUGGAUCGUCCGGUAGUUUUACAAUCUGUCUAUCAGCUACAUAAUUCGCUAUCCGAUCGCAGAAUUCUCAAUUGGGAAUUCUUUUUGAAUCGUUUCGACACGCUAUUUGUAGAGGCGCAAAUUAAUUUGGAGAAAUGCGGCGAUAUUUCAUAUCUACGCGAUUUACGUAAUUCCGAGAAUGGCAGUGAGGCACUAUCGUCCAAGAUAUUGAAAGCGCGUGAGGCGCUAAGUCAAUCGGAUACCAGCGGCAGCAUGGCCAAAACGCUUAGUGCUUCAUUUGGUACCAAGUGGCCGUACAAGCGUACAAUGUCUGCACCUGCGAGCAUGAUACCACGACAGGAUUCCAAAUUUGUUCCAGAAAAGGAGAAAAUCUACAGUCGACAAAUAUCAGCGCCUAUACUCAAGCGGAAGACAUCACGUUUCGGUUUGGACGGUCAUAUUCACUCGCUAGGCGGCAUUAAUGAUGACAACCUUAUCGGCCUGCUGAGCCGCAUUACCGAGCUGGAGGAGUCCGAUCGUGAAACCAUACAUCUGCUGGUUUUCUUGCUUAUGCAGUUUAUGUCACGCACCGAUCAGGCAUUCCCCUCGGAAGAUAAACCCAUCUCCAAGACGCAAAAUAUUGUGCUCAAACAUUUAUUUUUGCUUCUGGGUCACAAUCAGAUCGACAAGACUUUCCACACAACACCGGAGAAUCUACGCGCUUCGGCAGUUUUCAAUGCUUUUCUUGCUAAUCUACCACAAGUAUUGGAUCAAAAUCACUUGAUCGGCGGUCUUAUACUUCCCUCGGUUAUGCAGAUCAUAUUGUAUGCGCCUAAUCCUAGUAACACGGCUGCCGAUUGCUACCAAAAUUUGGUGUUCAACUACUCGCUUUGGUAUUUGGAACAAUAUCCACGUCGUAAUUGGAUGCUUACCAUUCUUGUGGUGCUCUACAAGUAUUCAUAUACCCAGCCUCCGCAUAGCGCCUAUGUCAUUUCGGCUAUGCGCAUGGUUAUGAACAGUUUGCGCAACCAUUUCCAUCAAUGUCGUCGCAUACCGACUACUACCAUAUUGGACAUACAAGGCACAUCGCGUUCGCGCGACGUUAGUCAACCCUCGCUGGGCACAGAUCCCGAUGAUAAGGAUCCCAGUCCACCGGCCAGUCCAAUGUUUCCCUCAGAGGGCACAAGCGCAGCCUCUAAGAGCAAGGGACAGAAUGUGGCUUUUACACCGAAACUGCAGCACGCAUUCCGCAAGUAUAAUGACUCCAGCCUAGAGGCCGAUGAAACGGAAUCGGAACUGGUUGCGAUACCUGAAAGUGAUUUGUCAGAUAGCACUUUGCAUGGCAGCAGCGCGCCGGGUUCAUUUGAUGAUACCGUGCACUUCGAAGAAACACCGCUUGGUAAGGCAGAUAUGCAGAGAGCACGCGGCCCGCGUGCAAUCGAGUAUGAAGAGAAAACCAUGAAGCCACAUCACAAGUCCAUGAUUACUACCAAAACCGGCGACACUUACACAACAAAAAUUAGAACAUCGGGUGCACAAGAAGCCGUUAGCACCACAGUCGUUACCACGCAUGCGCGUCAUAGUUUACAAGAGGGCGUACGCAUGAUCGUUACUCCGCUAGUGGGCCCCGAUACCGCUGCCGAGACGGCUAUUGUCAGUCCACCCGUUGAUGUGCAUCGCGCCAUCACAGUGCGCAAUAAGUCACUUGAGACUGCAGCCGCCUCGACAUCGAAAAUGUUUGCCGCGAUUGCCACGAAUCAUUUGAAAGCUUUGGGCGCCCUGCAAGAUAUACAAACCAUGUCUAGCGAUAGUAACUCGAAGUCGCUAACAUCCAGCAAUGGUAAUCGAUCGACCAAUAGCAGCACUGAGAGCUCAGACAAGCGAAAACAACAACAACAACAGACAGCCAUGCAUUCACAACAAACACAAUUGCAGCAACAACAGCAGCAGCAUCAGGCUGCUACUUCCAAGAAGCCAAUUGGUCGCCACAAGACCAUCGUGGAAUGCAGUGCUGGCACUUCUUCUUCAUCUACAGGCACCGAUGACUCGCGUCUCAGCGCAAAUCACAAGAAACCCACGGGAAAAUCGCUAAAACGCUCCGAUAAAGCAUACGCUUCCCCCGAUUCGCCACUCUCCAAAAUGAGUGUCAUGCCUAAUCCAGUCGAUGAGAUGGACGCCGCCAAGCCUGCAUCGAAAAGUAUAGCCGCACUCGAAAUACCCACACCAGAACGUUUAUUACCGAUUGGCACACACGAGUCUGUUGGUGGCUUGGUUGAUCGCUUGCGCGAGGGUCAUAUACCAGACAUCAGUCACCUCAAACAGGACAGCCUCGAUGUGUCUGAGAGCACCAAGGAUGAUGUGACGCCCAGCAGUCGUACCACAUCACCACGUCGCCUCAUUAAACAGGUGGCACUCGAAUCGCCACCAAAUGCAAGCGGCGCAGGACAACAAGAUCUACACUCUUCGAUAUUAAGGAGCGUCACACAGGAAGUUAAACCCGCCAUUAGCGUUGCGGCUGCUACAAGUGCGGGUGGAAUGCAUGCAGCGGGUAAACCAGAGCCACCAAAACGUCCACGUCAGAAAUUGGCACCCUUCAAUGUCGAUGCAAGCGCUAUACCAGACAUACGCUCACGUUUUGCUGGUGCAUGGCCGCCACCACCUUAUCAGCCGCCAGAAGAGCUGGACGACGAUGCGGAAGAAAGUAAUGAGAACGGUAAUGGACAUAGUAGUGCAGCAGCGCAGCCGAAUCGUGUGAGUACACGCCGAGUUGGUGAUUAUACAAUUUGUGAUCGUUGCACUGAUUGUGGUGCCCUCAUCGAGGAAUAUACUGAUGAAGAUAUUGGCAUAUUAAUUGUCAUACUCGGCACAUUCAUACAUCGUGAACCGGCAAUGGCAGCACCAUUUCUACCAGAGAUAUUAACGCUCACAUCAAGAAUCUGCUUAACAUCCACACACUCCUGGCAGGGCGAGAAUGGACCAGCACUGGUUUGCAGCGCACAAGCUGUGUCCCUACAAUUCAUACGUUGCGUGCUACAUCAAUUGGCGCCCAACGGCAUCUUCCUGCAAAUCUUCCAAACGCAAGUAAAAAUGAAAGUGCGUCACAACUCAUUCCGCAGCAUUGCUCGCGCACUGCAGGACUUCCAGGAGCUCAACGCCACACAUCCUAUUUAUAUGGUAUGCGAAUCGUUGCAAUCCAAAAAAUCGCUACCGAUCGAGCAGCUGCCAGUAAUCUUCCGCAACAUGGCCGAGUAUUUGCACUGUGUGCCGACAGAGCUGACCACUGGACCGGGCGUAUGGCAGCAGGCCAUGCAAGCGAUGGAAUCGCUGCUGCGGCAAGUCAUUGUAUUGCUACCAAAUCUGGGCAAUCCAGAACAUUUGCUCGACAUAAUGGUGGCCACACUGAAGCUGAACAUUGUGCCAAAGACACUGCUGGAUCCCUACUCAAAAAUAAUUGGCUUUUGCGUGCAGAAUACAAAUUUGGAAUACAAUACCAUAUACGAGCUCUGUACGUUGAAUAUGCGUUCGUUUUCGAAGGAUCGCGACAAAAUGCUACUUUGUCGACAAUUGAUUUUCGAAUUUGUGCAAGCCUUGAAAUUCAAAACUAACAUUCCCGAUAAUAAUUUGCUGAUGAUCAUUGGGUUCGUGUUGCACGAUGCUGGUGGUACGCUGCCGCCUGGCACACUAGCUGGAUUGCCGGAGACCGCACCACCGUUGAACACUAAUGCGGCAGAUUGCAUGCGACAGUAUGUAAAUGAUGUAAUUGAUUUUCUGGCGGACUUUCAUACGCUGAGCAAAAUCAAAAACUUCAAAAAUGGACACGUCCAAAACGGCCUAGGCGAAGAUACGCUGGGUGGCGUAUUGAAGGGCGCAGUUGCACAAUAUCUGGCACUGGAGAUGUCGCGCGGCAAUACACGCGACAACAAAAGCAGCUCGCGUUAUCUGCCUUGGCUCAAUAAUGCGCCCUCAUCGCUGCAGCAGGGUCCUAAAGAGUUCACCGAAUGCGUUGGCCAUAUGCGCCUACUCUCGUGGCUGUUGCUUGGCUCGCUCACACACCUAGCGCUGACUCAACGCCGCCACGAACAUCAUACCACACCCAUGCCGCCACAGCAGGUGCCACCGACUGUGCCACCAGCCGCAGUACACUAUCAGCAUCAUCAUCAACAGCCCAGCGCCGCAGCGCCCAUUGCCAUGCCAGUCUCACAGGAGUCCUCUUGCCACAUUGCCGAUCAUAUUCAAGUUAUUUUCGCUGGCUUUGCUGAGCAAUCGAAGACUUCGGUGCUCCAUAUGUCAUCACUUUUUCACGCCUUCACGCUGUGUCAAUUGUGGACCGUGUAUUUGGAGCAUAUCGCGCGUACCGCCAGCAAUGCGGAGGGCAAUACGAUGGGUGUACUAUUUGAAUUUUGGGCUAAGGUUACGCCGUGUAUAUUACAGCUGGUUUCGCAUGCGCGCCCAUCGAAUCAGAGUACUGGGGCUGGUGUUGGAGGUGGCGGUAUUGCUGAUUUUACACAAAACCCAAAUGCGAAGCUUUCCGAAAUGGUGAAUCUUCACUUUCUUAGCCUACUCGAGGCGCUCAAAGAAACAAACUCUACCAUAUUAGGCAAACUUUUGCCACUUUGGAGUCCAGUCUUGUCCUCGCAAACCCAGCUAUCCGACACUCUACACGUACGCCUACAAAACGUACGCGAUUAUGCACCAAACUACGAGGAACAACAGACUCAUCCCUCGGAUGCAUUACUAAAAUGGCUGCAGCGACUACAAUUCAAAAUGGGUCAGAUCGAACUACAAGCAUCCACAGCCACACAAUUUUAUUCAAUUUAAGAUAUAAUAUGCAUGUACGAAUAAUUUAUGAUUUAUUAGAAAUUUUACAAAUUUGUGUACUUUACCGUGGGACGAAAGCACAGCUUUCAACAAAAUAAGUAUUUACGUGUAUAAACACCACCUUUUAAGCUUGAAUGUUAUACAAAUGUCUCAAGAACUCUACAUAUGUAGGUGUGUGGUUAAUUGUUCAACCAUGUCGUUAAUAGUAAGAAGUUCGACUAAUAAAUUAACAUCCAAAUAAUCA